GAAAAACAAAAGACUAGUACGUAGUAGGAUACUCCAGCCCAAUCAUAGCGUCCUAACUCUCUUGGAAACCUUCGCUCUCUUGGAAACACGGAGCACUGAAGGAGGACCGACGAAGGCGACGACUCGCCCGACUCACUGACGACCGCCGCCACCCAUCACCAGUGCCAGACCGCCACUGGACCACCGCGCUCCGCCUCCUCGAAUCAAGUCUUUCCACCGCUCCACCACAGGUCCGCAACUGCACAGUAUUGGCAGUAACUCAGCCCAAAUUUUGUUGCUGCGCAGAGUCUCCAUUUUCUCAGGCCCGGCCCUGUCUGAUAGUUUUCGUGGUUCAAGCCUUCUGAAAUUCUGAAACAUGCCACAGGGAGAUUACAUAGAGCUGCACAGGAAGAGAUAUGGCUUCCGCUUGGAUCACUUCGAGAAGAAACGCAAGAAGGAGGCUCGUGAGCCUCACAGGCAUUCCCAGAUUGCUCAAAAGACUCUGGGUAUCAAGGGUAAGAUGAUCGCUAAGAAGAACUACCGUGAAAAGGCCUUGAUGAAGAAAACAUUGGCAAUGCAUGAAGAGUCAUCUUCAAGGAAAAAGGUUGAUGAUGAAGUACACGAUGGAGCUAUUCCAGCCUAUCUUCUUGAUCGUGAAAGUACCACAAGAGCGAAGGUCAUCAGCAAUACCAUAAAGCAAAAGAGGAAAGAGAAAGCAGGAAAAUGGGAUGUUCCAUUACCUAAGGUAAGGCCUGUGGCUGAAGAUGAAAUGUUUAAAGUGAUCAGAACUGGCAAAAGAAAGACCAAACAAUGGAAGAGGAUGGUCACAAAAGCCACUUUUGUAGGUCCAACUUUUACUAGAAAACCUCCAAAGUAUGAGCGUUUCAUACGACCCUCAGGCAUGCGUUUCACUAAAGCUCAUGUGACGCACCCUGAACUCAAGUGUACUUUCAAUCUUGAAAUCAUUGGUGUGAAGAAAAACCCAAAUGGUGCAAUGUAUACAUCUCUUGGCGUCAUAACCAAAGGAACCAUCAUCGAGGUGAACGUCAGUGAACUUGGUCUUGUAACUCCUGCUGGAAAAGUUGUCUGGGGGAAGUAUGCUCAAGUGACGAAUAAUCCUGAAAAUGAUGGCUGCAUCAAUGCGGUUCUCCUUGUUUGAACAAAAUGGGGCAUAUGCAAUAACUGUUCAGGCCAAAGACAUUUCAACGAAGGCGAAUGGAUGCUCAAUCAUUAGAGAUAGGGCGGAGAGAGGCGCUGUGAGAAGACUGAUUGCGGUCUAUUAAGGCGCCACUAAGACUGAUGACAAAGUUAGCUAAUAUGACAUAUUUGUAUUUAUUAUGUUUGGUUAUAACAAUAGCAAAUUGCACUUAUAUUUUUACCUGAUUCAUUUGAAUAAAAUUGUGAAUAUUACAACAUUUGUACCACCGACUCUUUUAGUUUUUUUUUUUGAAUAUUUUAUGUGAUUAUAAAUGCUAAUCAACUAUCUUAUUUUCUGUAAGAAAUG